AUGCCGCGCGCUUUCAAGACUAUAAUUCACCGUUUGAGGAUUUUCUUCAUCGGUGGCUGCCUCUGUGUCGGUAUGCUAACAACUAUGUCAAUCUUACAGGCGGUGCAGACACAUACAGUGGUUCCUCUCCAUAGCAACGUCAUUUCCAUGGGGCGCCUUCAGAUUCCUGUCCUUCCAUCUAUUGUCACGCCUGUGUCGAUUACGGCUAUUGUUUCGGCUGGCAACGCGUACACUUUCAAUGCCUCUCGAAACCUCCACGCGCUGGCCCUCGAAGGACAAGCGCCUAAGGGAGUGCCCUAUCUCGCAGUAGUCGUCGUGAUGACACUAGCUUGUCUGGCGUUACUGGCUCUUGGUUUGACUAGUGCCAAGGUGCUCAACUGUAUCUUGAACUUUUGUACCGCUGCGACUAUGCUGUGCGCAGCUAAACUGGACUGCCAUGGCAAUCACAUGGAUCCAAUUGAGCGCUGCGAUGAAGGCACAAGGAUAUCGAUAGGGAGACAUUUCUACCUGCCCGGUCUCGGCUUCAGCCAUACGCCGGUUAUUGGGCGUUUUGCUGCGCCUUUGUCUUUCUGUAGGUUCAAGGAUAUGCCGUCUUCCUCAGAGGCAACUGGAGCACGACAACUCUUAUCUUCAAUUACGGCAUUAUCGCUCUUGCGGGUAGCAUUGGCCUCGGGUGGAAGCUGUUCAAGAAGACUCGGUUUUCAUGGUGCUUCGGAGGUUGAUCUGGUUUCACACCUGUACUUCUUCGACGUUCUCACAGAACACUACCGUCACGAGCGCGAGGUUGCACCUCAAAACUUGAAGGACAAGAUCCUCGCCAAGAUCUUUUGA